AUGUCGAACCACCGGCAAGUCGACCAGGGCAAAGCGCUGCGGAAGCAGCUGGCGACCAAAGCCACUCAGAAGAGUGUGCCCUCCACUGGAGGGGUGAAGAAGCCACAUAGCUACAGGCCUGGUACCCUGGCACUUCGUGAAAUUAGACGUUAUCAGAAGUCCACUGAGCUGCUCAUUCGCAAGUUACCCUUCCAGCAUCUGGUGCGAGAAAUUGCUCAGGACUUCAAAACAGACCUGUGCUUCCAGAGCGCAGCCAUUGGUGCUUUGCAGGAAGCAGGUGAGGCCUAUCUGGUUGGCCUGUUUGAAGACACCAACCUGUGUGCUAUCCAUGCCAAAAGUGUAACAAUUAUGCCAAAAGACAUCCAGCUAGCAUGCUGCAUCUGUGGAGAACGUGCUUAAGAAUCCACUAUGAUGGAAAACAUUUCAUUCUUUUAAAAAAUUUUCUCUUCUUCCUGUUAUUGGUAGUUCUGAAUGUUAGGUUUGUGUUUUUUUUUCCCCAUGGGGUCAAAAGGUACCUAAGUAUAUGAUUGCAAGUUGAAAAUAGGGGACAGAAAUCAGAUAUUUGGCAGUUUUUCCAUUUUCAUUUGUGUGUGAUUUUUUUUUAAUAUAAAUGCUGGGACAUAAAGCAUUAAUGCAAGUCAAAUGUUUCAGUGAGCAAGUUUCAGC